UUCCUCGAUACACACAGUGGCGUUUUUCUCGCCCGCACAAUUCUCUCUUUCUCUUUCUGUCUUUCUCUCUCUCUCUCUCUCUCUUUCUCUCUCUCUUAACCUAACGCACCCGCGUGCUCGCGGCUUCCCUUCGCGAGGAACCGAACGACCCGACCCCCGUGUCCCAUCGGGAAGACGUCGUCGGGACGUAAUGUCGAAGAGUAGCGCGCGUUUACUCCUCGCUGUGGAGUGGAGCGUCCUAUAACCUUAAUCGCUCGUCCCCUUUUUUUGUUUGGGACACCUCGACGAGAGGCGUCGAACGCGCAGCGAUUUCAGCGCUUUGUAUUCGGCGAACGCAUACAAUCUCUCUCUCUCUCUCUCUCUCUUUUUGUCUCUCUCGCACGUCCACGUUAAAUCGCGACUCCAGCACGAGGAAGGAUUGCGGGGACAACCUUUGGUCUCAUUGUUGAAUGGCGGAGUGGAAAUCUCGAAUCGAACAUGUGGCACGACAAGCGCAACAAUGUAUAUAACGUUAGCGAUUCCCGGAAACGACUCGCGCGUCGCACGGAAAAAAAAAAAAAAACAAAUAAAACAGAGAUGCAACGAGAGAUUAUCCGAUGAUAAAUUUUUUUUACGUAACGAGGAGGUAAAUUUUAAUUUUGCAAUUCUCGUUUGUUUUUGUUUUGUUUUUGUAGUUGACGAACGAUCGUCGAAGGAACAAGAUGCGUUGGCGACAUUGUGCGUAACGGAUGUGGACACGACGCUACAUUAUGUGAACCAAUGGGUGCAAAGACAAUGUAUGUGCUGUUAUCGCGAGAUCAAGAACUUCGACCGAUUCAUAAGGCUGACCCAGAGCGUUGUGCUCUGCACGCUGCAACAGUUGCAAGCUAUACAGCAAAAUGAGCAGCGAGACGAGGCCGCCAAGGAGGUGUCCAAGGAGGGAAAGGAUGAGGAUGAGAAGAACGUUAAACGAAAAUCGGGGGACAAUGCGGAUCAGGCGCAAGCGUCGGAAGUCAGCCCGACGAAACAGACCUGGUCGCAACAGGACAGAGAGCGAUUGUUUCAUCUUCUUUCGAAAAUUUUUUUACUCAACUUCCCACUCUACAUCGCCAUGAAGCACGGCGGCGUGAUAAAUCCUCUUGCUCCUGUUAAGGACGAAGGCGGUUAUUGCGAGCCGCACGAUCCGGAAGUACCGGCGCCGCUGAUUCGCGCGGUGUCCAUAUUUUGCCACCAAGGCGGAUUUAAUUUGAUGUCAGCUUGCUUCGACAUGGAAAGCACACUGCCCGUUAGCCUCGCGCACUCGAUGGUUGCCGUUAUUUGCAAUCUGAAACUUUGGUUGAACUACGCGAGCGUGAUUCAAUUGUUUAUACCGUUGCGCAGUCGCGUUAUGAAGUACAUGUGUCGCUUGGGGGACAAGGAACUGCGCACACCUGCCGUCAGAACCAUGGCAGACUUCAUGUGGAGCGCGGUGAAGGAUCCGAUCGACGCAGUUUUGCCAAGUUUCGAUCGGGACGGACUUGAUUUGGCAUUUAAAUAUUUCACCAGCACGACCCUGACCAUGAGAUUGGCCGGUGUCGCGCAGAUAAAUGCUCACAUUACCGCGUCGAACGAGCUCUGCAACAGCGAAACUGUUGCCGAGGUCGAGCAAGUGGGACACGCGCUCGCUGCCUGGCUGACGGAGAACAACAUCAUAACCCACAUAUUCGGACCAAAUCUACACGUAGAAGUCAUUAAGCAGAGUCAUAUUAUAUUAAGUUUCUUAGCGAUGGAAGGUAGAAUCACAUCCUCGGACAUGGACACCAUGUGGCAGGCCGCGCAACUUAAACACUGCGGCCGUCCGGUGUACGAUCUGUUGGCGCCCUUGGUCAAACAUCUAGCCCCCACACCCGUGCUUCAUCUGUACUCCCUUCUGGGCAAAUUAGAACCCAAGGACCACACAGAACAAAGUUUGUUUUUAGCGUCAGCCUUGAUCAAAUUCAUUUGGACGUCCGGUCGCUCGGCUUAUCCGAGAGGUCUGGUGAUGAAAAACAGAGAAAUUCUGAGAAGCACCAGCGGAGUGGGCGGGAGUAGUAGUAGCGAUCCGAGCGGGAUGGACGGCAGCAGCCCGGAAGAUGACGAGGAAGAACCCAGCCCGACGUUGUCCGACGGACCGUCGCCUAGAAAGCAAGCUAGAACUGACAGCAGCGACGGCGAAGGUCAUUACAAAGGGAAAACUCUGACCACCACCACGAUCGAGUCGAGUCUCAACGAGAUCGAAAGUCUGAAUUCCGAUAAAUUUGAAUAUAACAGGGAAUUGAUUAAGGACACGUCGACGAGCGCUGUCCGAGACGAGGUAAAGAAUAAACAAAGCGGAUCGGACGCUGAAGCCGACACAGAAAAGUCCAAUACGGAAGAGACCUUCGUGCACGAAAAGAAAAAGAGGAAAAUCCUGCGCAAACGAAAGAGACCGCAAAAACGAUCUUUGAGCGCCGUUGAGAAAACAUUGGAAGACAUCGUUGGCCAAGACGUUAAUAUGAAAUCGAAGGAUUUGCUCGCUGAUGCGAAAAGCAGAACGGAAGAUGUGUUGAACGGCAGCUUGGACGUGGGCGCUUUGGCUUCCUUGGACGAACCAAAAGGUAUUGACGCGUUAGAUCGCGUCAAGCAACAAGCAAUGGCUUUGGAUCCAAAUGAUCAACAAGUUCCCACUACGGCGGCGUUGCUGAGACGGGCCAACAAAAACAAAUACAGCAUGUCCAUAGUAGGAUACAACGUGGAUCGAGCCGAUUCCGCGGACAGUUCGCACGACGACGAUAGUGAUGUAGCCGGAGUGCUCGCCGCCGCGGACGGUCCGGGUGCGGUUAUAUCCGAGCUCGCUGGAUUGGUGCAUGCUACUGGUCCCACGUUUCUGCCCUCGGGGUUGGACGAGAUGCUGUCUGACGAAGAGGGCUCGUACAGUAGCAGAAUAUCGAACAAAAGUGAGAAGAACAUGGCCGAUUUUGAUGGCGAGGAAAGCGGCUGCGAAGAAGAACUGGCCCAGUUGGCUGCGCGUCAUCUCACCGCCAUCCAAAUGCAGGCCUAUCAUCCUCAUCAUUCGCACUCGGCCAUGACGACUAUGAGGAGAUCGGUUUGUCAACCGCCACAAGUGCGAGCUGCUCGACAAACCGCCACGAGGUUGAGCUCGCAAUUUAACUUGGACACAGUUUGCAAACCGGGCAACACAUUAUUGUGGGAUCUUCUUCAAGACGAUAAAAUAGGCCAGUUAGGAGAAGGCCUGGCCUUGGAAGCAGAGAAAGCUCUGUGCAAUCUUCUUUGCUUCAAUGUCGAUCGCUUAAUUCCAAUGAAAUUCAUAGAAGGCUGUUUAGAGAAUUUAGCGACUAAUCGCUCUGUAGUAGUUUCUCUAAGACUGUUGCCGAAGCUGCUCGCGAGUUUCCAGCAAUUCGGUGCAAUGGACGCGCACACAAUCACGACCUGGGCUGAUCGCGAGCGUGGAAUGAUGAAGCAUUUCUUCAAUAAUCUCAAGACGUACACUAGCACGGGGCCGAAAAGUAAUUUAUAUUCGCAUCAAACGGAAAUACAAGUUAGGCUGCAAUUUCUGUCGUCGAUCUUCUCGCCUUUGGGUUCGCCCGACUGCUUUCGCUUGAGUCUUGAACAAGUAGACAUAUUGUGGCAGUGUUUGUCGCAAGACCCGAUCUGUGCGGACGAGCUCUUCAGUUGGUUGCUCAGUCAAGCAAAAUCUACGGAGCAACACGCUUUAGGAAUGGACACGCUUAAACAUCUGUGCAUGCGCAAAUUGCCGAGUUUACCACCGGAGACUAUCAGCAUGACGGGCUUGAGUCUGUUUCAACAAUUGUGUAACCUGGCGCGCCUGGCCGCGGCGCAUUUAGACAGACCGCUGAGGGACGUAGACUCGGUAGGCAUGGACUUUCUGUGGCGAAUCGCUCUCAAAGCAAAAAGCACAGAUGUUAGUAUGGCAGCUAUACAAUAUCUCAAUGGUUACUACAUGUCGCGACAACUGACGCAAGAAGCAGAAUUCGUUUCGCAGUGCAUGAUGCAUCUCGCAGCGGCCAGCGCCGAUCUCGAAACAAACGAAGAGGCUAGUUUACGCUGCAUACAACGCGCUCUGCUUCUGCUGAGAACACAUUUGGAAGCUUUUCGAAAACGAUACGCCUAUCACUUGCGUCGCUGGGUGCUAGAAGGUAGAGGCGCGGCGAGUCACGUAGCUAUGAACACAUCCGAAAAGGGCCAACAAUUAAGAAUCUUCGUGCAACCCGCUGGUAUACCGGAAAAGACAAGCUUCACUCUCCUUAACACGGACUAUGUGGCGGACCUACGUGCUGAAGUGGCUAAGUGGUGGGACGAUACACAGAACGCUCAAGAAAAAUCCACAACUUCUGCGAAUGCUGCUCAGAACGGUGGAUCAGUCUUGGGAUCGUUACUUACCGACGGUCCUAUCAGAAUGAUAACUCAAGGUCAAGAGUUGACCAUCGAAUUCGACGAAAAGACAUUGCAAGAGAUGGGUUUUAAAGACGGACAAUUGGUAUUUAUUUCACCUGGCGCUAGUAGAAGUAACAGCGGCGGUGGUCGUUGCAGCAAGCGAGACAUUGACUCGCCAUCGUUAUUACCACCUCCGCCUAGAGACUCCUUGCCGACCUUGCUGUUGCUUCGACCGCAGUACUUCGAGCAAUUGUUCACGCUCAUGAGGACUCUCAGCGCUAUGAGAACGACCGUGAAAGGUGGCCAAGAGAUUCCUCAUACGAAGGCUCAAGUGCUCUCGCGCAGAGUUUGGGACACGCUCACCUUGUUGCCCACAAGUCCGACUCUGCUGCGAGGUUUUCAGAAACUCGGCGAGACAUCUCUUCAGGAAUUGCUCGAUCCAGCGAGUCCGCAGAAACUGAUGUACUCUCUUUACAUAGUCGAAUCCUUAAGCCGACGAGGCACAACGAAUCAAUCGUCGUCUAAUAACACAGCCGCGUCGACUACGACGCACGAGGGUGGCGGAGACGCGGACGACAAUCACGAUGACAAAGAGAAGGACGUGGCUUGGUCGACCUUAUUUGUGCAACACGGCGGACUGCGACAUCUGUUCGACAUCUUUAUGUCAGGCUGUCUGGAGCAGGGAGACGGCAGCGAAUGGCAGCAAGACUGCCUGGCCAGUUUGCUGAAGCAGCUUUGUCAUCUUGGCGUCGUGAAGGAGGAGAAGAAACGCAACAAAGCAGACAAGCAGCCGUUGCUGGUGCCCAAACUCAGUGAGGCAAUGCUGAGAAUGAUGAAUGUCGACACUGUUAUGCCGAGAAUUACAAGCAUUCUGAAUGACGCUUCGCUGCCGCUCGAUCCGAAUCACUACAAAACGGGACUUUUCGGCCGAUCUCAGGUGAUACAUUACGCUAUGGCUUUGUUAGUUUGUUGGGUGCAUAGCAAUCCGGCCGUCAGGCAGUAUCUGUUCUCCUCGUCCGAGCCGUUCGGGAAAACCUGGCUGCGCAGAUUGUUGCUGGAGGAUCCCGAGCCGGCGGUGAGACGCGAAGUCUGUACAGCUUUGUACAGAUUGUGUUUAGGAACUACCGGCGAAGACAAUUCAGACAAUUCGGACCAAUUGCCAGGAUUAAUAGUGCCCAUGUUGAACACCUUGUUGGAGCAUCUCGUGAUCGCCGAAGCUAUGCAACCUUCUCAUCGCAAGCCGGAUUUACCGCUGCACUUGCAUCCUGCUCUGGACGACGGAAAAGAACCCUACGGGCCAGCUUGUAAGGACUAUUUCUGGCUGGUUUGUCGCCUGGUGGAUUCUCUCCCGGACGAAGCGAUUCGUGACAGUUCGACGGACGAGACUUCCGGCACAACCAUCGAUCUCGAAACACUGGCUAUUCGCGUGAUCGACUCCGUGCUCAACAGAGAACAUCUGGAGACGCGGCAUAACACAGUGGAAGACGACGCCCUGGUCGGGUUGCUUAAUCUCACUUGCAACAUAAUGACGCACAAUCCUCCGUGCAAACAAGGCAAGAUCGGACAAAAUCUGCUGAAUCAGGUAUUUGACUUUCUGUUUGCGCUACCGAGUCCGAGAAGCAAGCACAUGCCCAAGUGCAAGAGCCAAGCGUCCAGAUCGGCUGCUUUCGACCUUCUGAUGGAAUUGGUGAAGUCGGCGCCCGACAAUUACAAGAUACUGCACGAAAAGCUGCUCGCCCAACAUCGUCCAGGACCGCAUUCGCCGUAUCCGUGGGACUAUUGGCCUCACGAGGACGGACGUUCCGAUUGCGGAUACGUGGGCUUGACAAAUCUGGGCGCGACUUGCUACAUGGCCAGUUGCAUGCAACAUCUGUACAUGAUGCCGCAGGCGCGCGUCUCCAUACUGGGCGCGGAUUGCAGCCGAGCGAACAAGCAUCAGCUAACUCUGCGAGAACUGCAAAGAAUGUUCGCUUAUCUGUUGGAGUCGGAGAGAAAAGCAUACAAUCCUAGAAGCUUUUGUCGCGUGUACACAAUGAAUCACGAGCCUCUGAACACAGGCGAGCAGAAAGACAUGGCCGAGUUUUUCAUCGAUCUCGUGUCCAAACUGGAAGAGAUGACGUCCGAUCUGAAGAAUCUGGUCAAGACGUUGUUCUGCGGCGUGAUAUCCAACAACGUUGUUUCCCUCGACUGCGAACACGUUAGCAGAACACUGGAGGAAUUCUAUACCGUCCGAUGUCAGGUGGCAGACAUGAGAAAUCUUUACGAGAGUUUGGACGAAGUUACGGUUAAGGACACGUUGGAGGGCGAUAACAUGUACACGUGCUCGCAAUGCGGCAAGAAAGCGCGAGCCGAGAAACGAGCGUGCUUCAAGAAGCUGCCGCAUAUAUUGUGCUUCAACACGAUGCGCUACACUUUUAACAUGGGCACCAUGCUGAAAGAGAAAGUCAACACGCACUUUAGUUUCCCACUUAGACUUGACAUGUCCGGUUACGUCGAAAAGAAGCUCAUGCCGCAACACUAUCAGGACGAGAAGAAAGCGGCGUCCGAGAAGAGAAAGGCCGAAACGGACGGACAUCCGACGUCCUUGUUGGUGGACGACGAGGAGGAGGAGGAGAUGGAACAUUAUCAGUACGAUUUGAUCGGCGUGACCGUGCACACGGGAACGGCGGACGGCGGGCAUUACUACAGUUUUAUCAGAGAUCGCACGUCACCCAACAAGGAUAAGUGGUUCCUGUUCAACGACGCCGAAGUUAAGCCGUUCGAUCCGAAUCAGAUCGCGGCCGAGUGUUUCGGCGGCGAAAUGACCAGCAAAACGUACGAUUCGGUGACGGAUAAGUUCAUGGAUUUCAGUUUCGAGAAGACCAACUCGGCGUACAUGCUGUUCUACGAGUGGUGCGCCGAUCCCGGCGAGCAGACGAAGGAAGAAGAGGCCACUGUCUCGAGUCCUACGGCCGAUAAUACCGAUCAAACCAACAACACCGGUCGAUCAUCGACCUCGCUGGUGCGCAACAAUAUGAACAAGUUGCCGCCGUUAGAACUUAACAAGGAGCUCGAGGAUUGGAUCUGGCAAGACAACAUGCACUUUUUACAGGACAAGAACAUAUUCGAGCACACCUACUUCGGUUUUAUGUGGCAGAUAUGCGGCUACAUACCGCAGACGUUGCUCUCCGUGCAGCCGGACAUCACGGAAAUGUCCGCCGAAUUGUCCACGUCGUUCUUCAUGGAGACGUUUAUUCACGCGAAGGAAAAACCGACUAUGGUGCAGUGGGUGGAACUGCUGACGAAGCAGUUCAACGGCUCGGCCGGUGCGUGCGCGAGAUUUCUAGAGCGGAUGGCUGGCGAUUCGUGGUGGCCUAUUCAGAUUCUAGUCAAGUGUCCCAAUCAGAUGGUCAGACAGAUGUUUCAACGGCUAUGUAUUCACGUGAUUCAACGAUUGCGAUCUACUCAGGCGCCGCUGUAUCUUCUGUGCGACGAGGAGAACGAUGUUAACACCGUCGGCACGCGAUCUUGCGUCACGCGAUUCGUCAGAAUGUUACUGUCGCUCAUGGAACACGCUAAACAACACCUCAAGCAUCUCACCGAGUACUUCACGUUUUUGUACGAGUUCAGCAAAAUGGGCGACGAUGAGGCUGUCUUUCUGAUCAGAGUUCAGGCCAUCUCUACUAUGGUGAACUUCUAUCUCGGACACAAGACGCACGAAUUCGUUGACGCGAUCAGCGAGGAGGAAGAAGAAGAGGAGAUCGUGACCGUGCCUUCGGAGAAACUCCGACCUGCCUCUUUGGACAAGAUGAUCACGCUGAUAGCGUAUCUGGUCGAGCGCAGCAGAGGACAGGAUCACAGACUGGCUUUGUCGCCGGCGGAUCUGAGCGCAGUCGCGGGCGGCAAAGGCUUUCCUUUUCUUUAUCAACAGACGCGAGAUGUCAUAAAUCUCGCUCAGACCAGAAACUUGAUCCAAUCGUUGUGUCGUUGGAACGACAGACUAGCGAUACACAUCGUUACUAUGAUAUUCCAGGCGAUAAUGAAACAUACUGACGUUUGUCAGCCGUUCUUUAAGCUGCUGACGUUGCUGACGGAAAGCACGGGGUUGAGCGGAUUGCCAUGCAUGACUCAGCUGAUUCUAAGUCGAGUGUGGGAAGCAGCUAGAGUCGCUCCGCACGGCGCUCUCGAGUGGUUGGCGCUUGCUGUUACGAGAAGCAAAUUGGCCCACGCUUGGGUGCUGCAAGGACUCGACAACUGGCUGCAACACUUUCUUCUCGAGCACUCCAAUCAAAGAGUCCGUUCGGCAGCAGCCUUUCUCUUGGUAUCUUUAGUUCCGUCUCCGCACUUCAGACAAGGUUACCGCACCUCGCAUCGCGUCAAUCUGGCUUGCAACUCCUCCAGAGAGCUACAACUGUCGUCGGAAGCUACUCUGAUACUGCAUCAAAUAUACACGGCGCUUCUGAGAUUGUUGCAACCCGCGCGCAAUUUCAUCGACAUACAGACUCACGGUACAAUGAAGCUCACUGCCUACUUCGCUCUACUCACGUAUUGCGCGGUCAGCAAGACCGAAAAGUUAAUGUUCAGCCAGUAUCUCAACGACUUGUGGACGCUUUUCCAUCCGAAACUAUCGGAACCGAGCAUUCCCGUGCAUCAUAACAAGCAAGCGGUCCUCCUGUUCUGGUACCACGUUUGCUCCGAUUGUCCAGAGAACGUCGCGAUGAUACUUCACAAUUCUCAUAUAACCAAGAAUAUUGCAUUUAAUUACAUACUAGCUGAUCACGAAGACCAAGAUGUGGUGCUGUUUAACAGAGUUAUGUUACCCGCUUAUUACGGCCUCUUAAGACUUUGCUGUCAACAGUCGCGCAGCUUCACAAGACAGCUGGCUGCGCAUCAGAAUAUUCAAUGGGCUUUCAAGAACAUUACUCCUCAUCCUACACAGUAUUCAACGGCGGUGGAAGAAUUGUUUAAACUGAUGCAACUGCUGGUUGCGAGACAUCCCGAUCAAACGGAACAGGAAGAGGCAGAUAUCGCAUCCUUUAGAAGAGGCACAUUGUCUUCUUACUUACAAGGACUUGACGGUCGUUCGUGUUGGGCAACUCUCAUUUCUGCUUUUCGAAUUCUCAUCGAGUCGGAUGACGAUCGUUUGUACGUCGUUUACAACGGCGGUUUGAAUAUGGCCCUCGAAGCGUUUCACAUGUUGCAUAUCAUGUAUCACGAGGCAACAGCGUGUCACGUUGCCGGCGAUCUCACAGAGUUGAUCGCCAUCAUUGUCGAACUCGUGCGCUGUGUUCGCACGGCGCGAGACGGACCGGACGCCAGAAACAUUAUAAUCAACUCCAAAGAAUGGCCUGACGCAUUGCGAAAACUUGCGACGCUGUUGAACACGUACAAUCCACCGGACAUGAGAAACUUGGCUAUAGAUCUUUUGAAGGAAUUCGUCAUGCUCGUUCCUUCCGAAGCAAUAAUGGCGUUAGCCCCAUUACUCUCACACUGCCACGCGGCUCUUCAGGAGUCCCAUGCGGCUGUCCCGCCUGGACCUUAUCUUCCGCGAAGGUCCACUCCGCCCGGAAAGCUGGCCACCCGACCUACCAGGCCGAUGGUUCAGAUGGCGGUGUCGCAAUCUCAGUUGGAAACGUCAAAAGGAGUAGAUCCGGAGUACGAUAACGCUUUGCUUGAGUUUUAUUUGCCGUAUCACGAGCUGAUAGACGUCAUGUGCAGAUUAGCGAUUAAUCACGACUGUAUGACAGAGUCGUUAGUAAAUUUAAGCGCUAUGCUUGGAUUCGAAGGUGUACCUUUGCACUUGCCCCUGUUCCCGAGACUGUGGUUAGACGUGCACGCCGCCACACACUUAGACAGAAAGCACAUCACGUCUCUCCUUUGUUCUUCCUACACAGUUGAUUACGUCGAUUCUGUGUUACUUGACGAGAGAUCGUCGUUGGGAGUUCCAGCGAUACAUUCUUUUCUCAAGACUUUCUUCCCGAAGCUAGCCAAUCACGUGUUGACCGAGCAGACGUGUCUGCUCAUCGACAAUCUGGUCAGUUCGCUAACGGCGAAGGUAGAAGCGGUUGACGUGGAAGCCUCGGCGCACAGAUUAACCGGCGAUCUGCGCGCUCUGGCACUCGUUUACAGCAGUAGCACAAGACUGAAACCACCUGCCAGCCUGUUGCCGGCUCUAGAGACUCUAUUGUCGAGAACUCGAACUAUUACGGUGAAGGAUAACUGUUCCUCAUCGGAAGUGGAAACGUCUUCCAAGAGACGUAAGUUGUGCGGCGACAGUGAAACGUCCGAUAAGGAUUUAUGCGCGCCGGCAAAGGACGUCGAUAUGGAGAACAACGUUUCCGAGGCGGAGGUCGACAAGACCGACACGGCGAACGACGCUUCCGAUUCCGGGGACGACAAGGCCGCCAGGCACAAAUCGUCGGGCAAUAGUCAAGCGGAGGCGAUUGCCACAAGCGGCACCGUGUCGCCGCCAAGUCUGGUCACGACCUCCAACAGUUGUACAAAUCAAUUACGCUCGUCGGCCAACGUGUCGUGGCUUGAGAUGCUCGAAAAGACUAUCGUCGAUCUCCAAACGAUCGUGCAAGUGCAAAGCAAGAACAAUUGAAACUGUAAUCGUGUAAAACGACAGAGUGCGCGAUGAUGCGGAUCGUGUAUUAGGUAAACGUCAGACGAAUUUGAUCGAUCAGUUCUACGACGUGUAAUUGUGUGUGUGAUCUUUGUGGCGCCGAUAGAGAGAGAGCGAAGUUUAACGGUGUGUUUUUAUUUUUUUGCGCUCGUUUAAAAAAAAAAAAAAAAAAAAGUCACAGAUCCAACUUGCGUAAUACAAUUAGUAUAUAUAUAAUAAAUCAUUAUAUAUAUGUACAUGUAUAUGCGUCUCUCAAAACCGCGAUUUACUUUUUGGAUAUACGUAGGAGGAUAAGGUAUUUUCAUUACUCGAUUUGUUAAGUUAACAUUAAAACAAAAAAAAACAAAAAGCCGUACAUUACAGUCGUAUAUCUGACCCGAAGUUUUUCGUCUAAAAGUAAAAAAUAAGAUAACGUUUGUUAGUGCUGUGAGAUAGAUUACUUCAUCAUUUUUUGUCUCUUGGCAAUGGGGAAAAAAAAAAAAACAAACAAACAUAAUGCGUGCACUUGAUGCGUGCAAUAACGUAACCUAUCCAGUAUUCAAGAAAGCGCAAUUGUGACUGAUAGUAAAUUUUAAGAUGAAUCCUGCGGCACUCCUCGCGCGACGCUCGCACAUCUUGUGAAUUGUGUGUGUGUGUGUGCGUGACGUCGGAGGCGAGAUAAUUUAAAAACGAUCUGUCGAAUUGAAAGUGAGUUCGCGCGAAAAUCAAGGUUGCAACUUUGAUGUGUGUACUUUCGCCUCCGACCUCACCCCCCUGACGAUCGAGCGAGUGUCGAAGAGGUCGUCGAUAAGAAAAAAAAAAAAAACAAAAACAAACAUCGCUAUCGAGAUAAAAAUAAACUACGUUUACGCCGCAAAUUUAUUUCUACACGUGCUCUUCUUACCGCGUGUGUGUGUGUGUGAAAGGGAUCACAGGGUUUUUUAAGAAAUCAUUUGAGAAAAAAAUCGUUUAGGGAAACAAAAACAAAAAAAAGAACGAAUAAAGACGGUGAUGUUCGAUCAA